GUCCGAAAAAAGAAAAGAGAAAAGAAGAAAUAUUGGUGCGUUGAGUUUGAGGACCUUGUUUGGAAGCAAAGGGAGUGGUGGUGGAACGAAAAGCAACCAAACAGCCUCAGUCCUCUGGGAAUCGGCAGUUGUCGUGACAAUUUCCUGCGGCAGACUACUUCCAAAACUUCUGUUCCUUCUCCUCCAGUAAAAGCCUUCUGGGUUAUCAAUAAAGAUGCCAAGUUCCUCUGUUGAGUUAGUCAAACAAGCAAAUUCUGAGCAUCAUGUGAGAGAGAACAGCGAAUACACUAGACUGGUUAUAUCAAGUGAACCAUCUUCAGCAGAAGCUGAUAUCUUACAGCCUCAAGCAGAAGCAGGGACUAAAUCUUUCCUCUGGUGGAUCAAAGUCUUAUUAUGGUGCAUGGUAAUCAUAAUAUUUCUUCUCAUUUUCUUGAAAUGGGGAGUUCCAUUUCUUUUUGAGAAGGUUCUCUUUCCACUCAUGCAGUGGGAAGCCACUGCCUUUGGCCGUCCAGUUCUUGCCCUUGUGCUUGUUGCUUCUCUGGCACUUUUUCCUGUUUUCUUAAUCCCUUCUGGACCUUCCAUGUGGUUGGCUGGGAUGAUUUUUGGAUAUGGAAUUGGGUUUGUUAUAAUCAUGGUUGGAACAACUAUUGGGAUGAUCCUCCCCUAUUUAAUUGGACUGCUAUUCCGUGACCGCAUUCAUCAAUGGUUAAAGAAAUGGCCCCAGAAAGCUGAAAUGAUUAGACUGGCUGGAGAAGGAAGCUGGUUCCAACAAUUCAAAGUGGUUGCUCUCUUUAGGGUUUCGCCGUUUCCAUACACAAUUUUCAACUAUGCAAUUGUGGUAACAAGUAUGAAGUUUUGGCCCUAUUUAUGUGGAUCAAUUGCUGGAAUGGUCCCAGAAGCUUUCAUUUAUAUCUAUAGUGGUCGGUUGAUAAGGACAUUAGCAGAUGCAAAGUAUGGGAACCUUCACCUGACUACGGUGGAAAUCAUAUACAACAUUAUCUCCUUCAUUAUCGCAGUCAUUACCACAAUUGCAUUCACUGUUUAUGCUAAAAGAGCUUUGGAUGAGAUUAAAAAGGCUGAGACUAAUGGGGAAGAUGCCUCUCUCUCUGACCAUGGCAGUCUUGAGAUGGAGAAGCUUCCACUUGAAAGACCUAAGCAGCUUUGUGUCUCUUCCUUUUCUUCAUAACCUGGAUUCUUUAGAAAUAGACUAGGAUCUGUAAAUAUUGGCAUUAAUUAGAGGGGUUUCAAAUUCCUUGAUCCUUGUAACACUUUCUAUUCUUUUUGCCAUGGUACCGACGUUUGUAAGUAGAAAAGUUGUACACACACUUGAACAAAGGAAAAAAAAUUAUUGGUUAUAUCAUAUAUGAGAUGCAACAGACUUCUAAGCA